AUGAUCGGCACUCUGUAUUUCUUCGUGCUGCUGAGCUCCACAGUGGCCUGGGGGCGUGUUGGACUUUGGAGUGAGGGGAGUACAAGGAAUGAGGCGGGAGUUGACGCCGGGGACGGGUGUUCCUGCGACGCCUUCCUGCCCAGUUCAACUUUUCCAAUAGGAGAUUUGGUGGCGGAAGAGCAGACAGCAGGGGAGCUCUCACACAAACUGGAGAAGGAGAUGGACAAGCUGGAGGACUAUGAAGCCAAGAUGACAGAGUAUGCAGAGAAGAUUGUAAAGCUGACCACAGAAAUUGAAAAAAUGGAAAACAACCCUUAUUCCUACAAUGAUGGCGACUUCCAAAACACAAACGUGGAGAUUAAACAAGUGGAGGCUCUGAUUGCAGAGCUGCAGCUCUCGAUCGGAGGCUCCACCACGGUCUUCGAGUCCCUUCGUGUGCAGGUCACAGACAUGGCGGCGACCCUGAAUAGCUUGGAGAAAACCUACGACAAGAACCAGGUUCUGGCGACCCGCCGAGAAUACAUCAAGGUGCAGCUGCAACUGGAAGAGUGCCAAGGACGCGACCAGGGGAUACGCCACCUUUUCAACUCCAACAUUGGCUCUUGUGCUCACACUGGUCUCAUCAACCUCAGCCAGCCCAUUGUCACCCAUCUGAAUGCCCAGCUCAGCCCCAGCUACAAAUUUGGAGGAUGGGGCAAAGACUCAAAGCCUCGUCCUGACAGAGAGUCUGUGUACUGGUUUUCUGGUUACACUAGUGAGACCAUUGACGACAUGAGGUUCUACACUAACUACAAGAACCUCAUGCUGAGAAAUGCUUUCCAGCACACCUCCCUAAAAAGUGGCUGGGCUGGUACAGGGAACAAUUUCAUCGUCCGUGACAAUACUCUGUAUUAUCAGAUCAACAGUCCGUUUGCGUUAGCCAAACUCAAUUUCACCACCAUGUCAUAUGAGUCCAGGGUGGUUCCUAAGGCUAGCAACACAAUCUCUUAUGCUAAGUCCCGCCAUCAGAACUUUGACUUUGCUGCUGAUGAAAACGGCUUGUGGGUGACUUACGCUACAGAGGAGUCCGACGGUCGGAUGGUCGUUGCUAAAAUAAACGAAUUGUCUUUUGGCUUAGAGGAGGAGUGGCUGACUAGUGUUUCGAAACCAAGUGUGAGCAACGCCUUCAUGAUCUGUGGGGUUCUGUAUGCAACCAGGUCCCUUGAUAGCCAUACUGAAGAGAUAUUUUACAAGUAUGACACUAACACCAAGCAGGAAACGUACAUCAGCAUUCCCUUUGAGAGGUUCCAGGAGAAGUAUUCCAACCUGGACUACAAUCCUACUGACCAGAAGCUCUACAUGUACAAUGAUGGUUACUACGUCAGCUACCAGCUUUGGUUUAACCACACAGCUACAGCUACUGUGCAGCCACCAGAUGUUGUGAGCUAA